CAAUUGCAGAUCCAAGUGGCCUGCCGGGGCAACCCCACAUCUGUCAAACGCCUCUGCGCGACUGCCCGGUGCACUAGCACGCCAUCUCGGAGCAGCAGCCAGGCCACACCAGGCUCACCUUGAUCGGCGCCUCGUGCAGGACGCCGGUUGGCCGUCAGCCACGGCGUGGCUCUCUGCGGCCUUCACCGCCAGCGCCGCCGCCACCGCCGUCAUCGCAGCUCUGCUCCUCUCCCUGGGCGUGCCGCCUCCUCUAUCUCCCCUCCCCAGCAGCAGCGGCACCAGCAGCAUGGUGUGGCGCCAGCACGAGCUCACGCUGCCAGCAUUCAAGCGCGGCUGCCACCUGGUGACCAGCCACAUCGUGCGGGAGGUUUCCGGCAGCCUGGCAGGCGUGAAGGUCGGGCUGGCGCACAUCUUCAUCCAGCACACAUCUGCCAGCCUGACCAUCAACGAGAAUGCCGACCCCGAUGUGAGGGUGGACAUGGAGACUUUCCUAAACCGGGUGGUGCCCGAGGGCCGGGGCGCGCCCUGGGUGCACACGGAUGAGGGGCCUGAUGACAUGCCAGCGCACUGCAAGGCAUCCAUGAUGGGAGCAGCGCUCAGUAUUCCGAUCACCAACGGCCGCCUCAACAUGGGCACCUGGCAGGGCAUCUGGCUGUGCGAGCACCGUGACCACGGCGGGCGGCGGCGUGUGGUGGUGACCAUCCAGGGGGAGUGACAGGCGGGGGCCCGACCAGCCGCAAACUUUUAGGCUAGCCUGGCGUGGCAGCGCCGCGGCGCCGCCGCCAGCCACCCUUCAAGGCACAGUCGUCAGCCCAUUUUAGGGCGCAACGCCGGCGUUACAUGAUGCGGGCGAUUCGCCAGCUUCGAUUGGCAUCGAAACAUGGAUUAAACAAACGAUGGAACGGAUGUGUCACAGCCGGUCAC